UUGCGAACAAUUUGUUAAUGGUUGCUUAGUCGGAUACAUUGAGAAUUUGAAAACGUGUCGUAAGUGCAUAUGAAAAUAAUGAUUGUGUUAGUCUAGUAUUUCAUUAAUAUCUAUCAAUGAAUUAUUUCGAUAUUAUUAGUUUUAAUUAUAUUUAUUAAAUAAAUAUUUUUUUAUUAUAUAUUUAUAUUAUGGAAAGAUGAAACAUGUACUUUCAAACUCUGGCUCUGCCACUGCCUCGAAUAAACGACUAUUUGAAGAUCAAGUUCGAUGCAGUUGUUCGCGACUCAGGGUGCUCGUCUGGUCUUGUUAUCCGUGGAUCAGACGGGCAUGUGGUGGUGUCAGCCGGUUUGUGUCACCAGAGAGUAUUCAAUCCUAACCUGUCAGAGCUCUUAGCAGUAAGAGAUGCUAUCACCUUCGUCGCCUCAAGAUCCUUGACUUACUUGAUAGUGGAAGGUGAUUCUGAGGUGGUCGUCAACCAGAUCCGACAAAGUGUCCUAGAAGAUUCCACUGGAGGUUUUGGUGCUCCGAGAGUGUCGUCAGAUCAUAGACUCUUUGUCAACUUGUUUAUAGUUUAGGGCGGUUUCUAUAGCCGCAACAGUGCUGCCCAAAGAGUGGCACUUAAAGCACUGCUUUUGUCUCUCGUAGAGUUAGAGUCUUUCAACUUUUUUGGGUGGCUUCACUAGGGUGUCGCUUGUAAGGGAUUCCUGGGUAGUUUUGUUUGUAUAACUCUUGUUCUCUCUUUAUAUCACUCGGAAAUAAAAAAAAAGGUGUGUGGUUAUUAUGCAGAGUGUUCGGCCCAAAGGUAGAUACUAUUUGGCCAAAUAACAAUACACCUUAAUGAUAAAU